GCAUCAUUGUCAAGCACCGUUAGACUUAAAAUACUCGCAUCCUUCCAAGCUCAACAACGUAUUCCCAGCGGCAACAACAACGGCGUGUAGUUGCCGUUGUUCGUUUCUCCCCCACGUCGUCCUGUCUUUCCUUCAACUUCAAUCUCAGAACCAGAUUCAACUCCAACAAGAUUUUACAGCCUCAGAUUACUACUCCAUAGCAGAGCACUUAAAAGCUUCUGCACUGUAAUUAAUGGCGUUGAAUGUAAAAUUCCCCAACGUAUUUGGCUAUAAAUAGAGGGUUUAGUUACUUGAAAUGCAGAUUCAUUGUAGCAAAUUAAGCAUUAUGAAAUUCAUUCUGCUUGUCUUCUUCUUAGCUCUGCCUUCCUUUUGUUCUGCUUUGGAAGCUCAAGGUUUUGAUUUCUUCUACCUUGUUCUGGAGUGGCCAGGAUCAUUCUGUGGUGCCACGCAGAGCUGCUGCUACCCUAAUUCUGGCAAGCCAGCUUCAGACUUUCUAAUCCAUGGACUUUGGCCUAAUAACAAGGAUGGGUCUUAUCCUUCCAAUUGUGACCCCAACACUCCAUUUGAUUCAUCACAGAUAAGUGAUUUGAGCAGCAGCAUGGCAACAGAGUGGCCAUCACUGGCUUGUCCAAGCAACAACGGGGAGUCAUUCUGGGCUCAUGAAUGGGCAAAGCACGGCACUUGUGCUGAAUCUGUUCUUAAUGAGCAUGAUUACUUCCAUGCUGCACUUAGUCUGAAGGACAAGGCAAAUGGCAUUCUACAAAUGCUGAGCAGCUCCGGCAUUGAACCCAAUGAUAAUUCGUACAGCGUAAACAGCAUAAUAGAAGCGAUAAAUGGAGGAAUUGGAUAUGCGGCGGGCAUCGAAUGCAACCAAGAUGAAUCCGGGAGCAGCCAGUUGUACCAGGUCUAUCUGUGUGCAGACACAUCUGCCUCCAGUUUUAUUAACUGCCCAGUGUUUCCCAAAGGGGGCUGCUCCGGCGAAAUUAAAUUUCCAUCUUUCUGAGGGAUUAAUAUCGUAUUAGUGUAUGUUACCCUCAUCAUCUCAUGUAUUUGUUGUUGAUAAAUAAAGUUUUAUGAU